GUUCUUUUUUUUUGUAGUUGUUUUUUUUUUUUUAAACAAACGCCACUUGAUUCAAGACACCGAUAGUGUGAAUGGCCCGUCUUCUGCCUGAUCUCGCCUCCUUCCUGUCCUCGGUUCUUCCCCGCGGCUUCGCGUUGGGCCCUUCGCUGCUGCGUGAAGGCAGCGUGGGGCUUUGGUGGGUGGGUCGCCCGCUGGAGGCUGGAGCCCCGCUGGGGACGGAGGGCGACGCACAGCGGGUCGCCAGGACGCGUUCAGACGGGCUGAGCAAUUUCUCUGAAAACGACCAAUCAGGAGCUGCUUGUUUUGAGGAUGAGAAGGCACUGAUGGGGGGAUCAACCACUCAGGAAGCUCCUGUACAAAGAGCCACAUGGUUCAACUUUGCCUGUCAGGCGCAGUGCCGGGCCCAGCAGAACCUGGUGGUGCGGUGCGCCUGCAGAGGGGUGUGUGGCGACGGGUGUGCGGGUGUGUGUGUGCGCGCGUGUCAGGACAUCCAUCCUGGAACGGAGCUGCUGGUGUUCGAUGAGGCGGAGGGAAAAGGUCAACCAGAUACGAUUAUGAAGCAGGAGCCAGAGAGCAACAAAAUAAUCACUCUGGGAGAGGAGAAGCUCAAAGAGAAGAAGCAAACUCUGCAGGAUGAGGAAGAUCAUCGCAGACAGACCCCCCGUGUCACCAAGCCUCGUCCUUCCUCUGAGAGGAGGAUGAGGAUGAGGAAAACUGUCCCAUGUGACCCGAACUCAGACCAUGAGAAAGAGCAGGACAGGUUGACAGACAAACCAAACCUUCCUGCUCCUCCGCCUGUUCGCUCCAGCUCCCGUCUGGCUGCUAAACCUCGGCGGUUUCACUGCAUGUCCGCCGGAUCGAGGCGCCAUCCUGCGUCCAACUCGUCCAAAUUGACCGAGGGACAAAACAAAGACUCAGCCGAGGCGCCCGAGGUUUCCCCGGCCGCCGAGUGGCAGCCAGUGACUGGUACCGUCAGAGAGAGACGGUACCGGUGUUCCAGCUGCGGGAAAAGGUUCUACCAGCUCGGUCACCUCCGGAAACACCAGUUCAGCCACACAGAUGAGAAACCCUUCCGCUGUCGAGACUGUGGGAAAAACUAUACCUCAUCGGAAAGUUUCAAAGCCCAUCAGUUGAGUCACAGAGGCGAGCGGCCGUUUUCCUGUCCUCACUGUGAAAAGACGUACGGCCUGAAGCGAGACCUGAAGGAGCACCUGGUCCUGCACACCGGAGAGAAACCCUACACCUGUGAGAACUGUGGGAAAUCCUUCGCACGACGCCCCUCGCUGCGCAUCCACCGCCUGCUGCACUGCAGCAGGAAGGUCUACAUGCUGUCGCCAAAGGUGCAGUGCUCCGUCUGCUCCAAGGAGCUGGCCAACCCCAACUCCCUGAGGACCCACAUGAAGCUGCACACCGGGGAGAAGCCGCACAUCUGCCAGCACUGCGGGAAGCGCUUCAGACAGAAAGGGAACCUGGAGAGCCAUCUGAGGGUUCACAGCGGGGAGAAACCGUUCCACUGCCCCGAGUGCCUGCAGACUUUCACUCAGAAGUCAGAUCUCCAGCGGCACAUGUUCACCCACGCUGAGGGUUUCUCUGUAGCUACUGUGGGAAAUCUCUGA